AUGGGACGCACGCUAUGGCUCGAUGGACUUCGAGGUAUUGCUUCCGCCAUUGUCGCCCUGUUCCAUACAACUGAAUUUGAGCCCAAGAGUAUCCUCGGGUUUCUGGAUAACUCGUAUUGGGAUGAUCCACCAGGAGAAAAUCGUCACUUUAUCCAACUGCCACCCAUUCGACUUCUCUUCGCUGGAUCUUCGAUGGUAUCUCUAUUCAUGGUCAUCUCCGGCUAUGCAGUAUCAAUUCCCAUCAUCGCCUCGCGAGACAAUCACUCGCUGAAUCUCGACUUCUUUCAUCGGAUAUGCUCUGCAUCAACUCGCAGAGUUCUUCGAAUCUACCUUCCUACCAUGACAAUACUCUCAAUCUCUUACUUGCUGUACUUUUUGAAUGUCUAUAACUGGGAUCCUCCGGGCAAGGAAUGGCUCUCGGGACUCGAACCAUGGAAAGCACCACUGUCCCAUAUCAUGCAUGUGUUGCGACGAAUUCUGCAUCUACUGGAUGUGACCAAUAAAUGUAUCAACAACAAUUCCGGAAAUUGUCGAUGGGAAGGCAACAAUAUAACUUUGCAGCUUUGGACUAUGCCCGUCGAAUUCCGGGGUUCAUGUGCCGUUUAUCUGUUGGUCCUAACACUGGCUCACUGGAUGCGGCGGCCUCGACUCUGCGCAUUGGCAGUGGUGGCAAUAUACUGGUUUUAUAUUGGACAGUGGGAUCUAUUCUGCUUUGUUGCGGGUUUAUUCCUUGCAGAGAGGGAUAUCGGACUGGGAGCUAUUUACGAAGGAAAUGGGGAAAUCGAGUUACCUUGUCACAAUGGCAACGCAGCCCAGACCACUUUCACGAAAUUGCAAAUGAAAUGGAGAAAGAUGUCUGAAACCAAAACUUUUCACCGAGUUUGCACUUUUUUCUGUUUCAUCAUGGGUAUCUUUUUCCUCUGCAUGACCCAUAACGAUUUUGGGGAACAGACUUUGUCGCCGGAGUAUCAGUUUCUUUAUUUCAUUCGUUCCCCCAACUGGAUUGACUCUGAGACCCUAUCCAGGUCCUGGAAAUCUGUUGGCGCAGUCUUCACUGUCUUUGCAAUCAGUCGAUCUUCUCUUCUUCAACGCCCAUUGAGCUCGCAACCACUGCAAUACUUGGGUAAAAUAUCAUUCCCCCUAUACCUCAUUCAUCCGGUUAUCUAUCUUAUCUUUAAACGGCCAAUUCGGAACAUGCUGUGGUUUAUAGUCACUGGAGCAGCUUUUUCCAGUGAGGCUGAUGCAAAAUCUCAACCUCAAAUGUUCAUUGCAGCUUGGGCAGGUUCAAGUAUGAUAUGUGGGUUGAUUCUUGUUGUGGCCUCAGAGAUAUGGUAUCGAUUCGUUGAUUUAAAAUGCUUGGAAAUCGGGAGACGGUUUGAAAAAUGGGUCACUCAAUGA